UCGUGAUGUAAUUAAUUGCUCGAGCAUGAGCCGAUCUUGCAAAGCGUCGUCCCUCCAUGCCACUCGAUUGGCGACCGAGUUCAUAAUGCAUCUGGCCGUCUGCCCCGCAAUCCGGCGGCACGAUAAGCAAGCAUCCAGUGGUGGUGAGAUCGACAAACACUGCGCGCUGGCCAACCACAUCCCUGCCUUACAAAUAGGGCAACAUCGCGACCCAUCUGGCCCUUCUCAGCCCUUAUACAAUGCAGGACCAUUCUCGAGGGCCACCAUGAAGAAGACGCUAUUGCUAUGCUUUAUCCACGGCUUCAAGGGCGGCGAUAACACUUUCGCAAACUUCCCCUCCCACCUCAAAGCCAUCUUGCAACAUGCUUUGCCCAAGGUGACUGUUCUGGCCAUCACUUAUCCCAAGUAUGAGACACGCGGUGACCUGGCCGAGUGUGUGGCGCGCUUCAAGGAAUGGCUCCAGAAUAAAGUCAUUGAUCUCGAGGUCGCCAAUUCGACACCAUCUCCCACUGUCGACCCUUCGGUCCGCACCAUCCUCAUAGGCCACUCCAUGGGCGGCAUCGUCGCCGCAGAGACCUUACUCUCUCUCGUGGAGGAGCAACCUAUCCGUUCACCCCACAAUUCCGCUUCUUCCAUUUCAGACGCCUCCCAGCUCAUGUUCCCUUACAUACAAGGCCUCAUGGCCUUUGACACCCCAUACCUUGGUAUCGCCCCGGGAGUGGUGGCCCACGGCGCUGAGAAGCAUUGGAACACAGCCAAUUCCGCAUAUUCUGCAUACAACAACGUUGCGGGCGCUUUCGGAUGGGGCAAAUCACCCAAACCUAGCGGGACACCCGUAGAUGCCAGUCGCGCCCUCCCAGCAGCAACCGUCACCGACGCAGGCGCCGACGCUGCAUCCGCACCCUUAUGGCAGAAGUACGGUCGCGUCGCGCUAUUCGCUGGAGCAGCUGGAGCAGUUGCCGCAGGCGGCGCGGCAGCCUACCUAAAGCGCGACCAGCUCUCUGCGGGCCUCGCCUUCGCGACAUCGCAUCUCGAAUUCGUGGGCUCUCUCGCGCGGCCAGAGGAAAUGCGCAAACGCCUCGCGAGCAUUGCGCAGCUCACUUCCUCGCGCGAUCUCGGCUUCGCAAACAUGUACACGACGCUAGGUCACGCCGUGGACGCACAGCAAACGUCGGCGUGGACGGGAAAAGUACUAGGCCGCGAUCGUACGUUUUGUAAUCUUCCUAAAGGGGACCUGAAGAAGUUCUUUAUCCCCGCUGUCAAUGACAGGAGCGAGGCUGAGACGUGGGCGCAUAUGACUAUGUUUGAACCAAAGAACAAUCCUGGGUACUACACCAUGAGUGAAGAGGCCAAGGAGCAUAUCAUCGAUUGGGCGGAGGAGACACAGUGGUAUAAGGAGAGCGACGGGCCCAUGAAGGGCGUUGGGGUUGAGGAUGAAGCUGAGUUUGUGGAGAGGCCUGAUGAAAUGAUGGAGGAAGAGGAGUUUGAGAAUGUAAAGAGGCCCAGUACGGAUGCGUGGACUGCAGACGAAGCUACUCAGGCAUGGGGGAAGAAAGAUGAGCUAUAG